GUCUGACUUCAAACAUGUCUGAGGAAAAUAUAUAUUAUACCUUAGGAAAUGAAUUUACCAUCUGGUCAACUUGCAUUUUGGAAGGAUGGUCAGGGUUUAUUGUAUAUCCCUUAACUUUGAUAGUAAUUCUGAUAAUUUUAUAUUAUCCCAUUUUAUCUAUGUUGUCUCUCAUGUAUCUAUACAAUACAAUAAUGUUUGUAUGGAAAAUGCUUGGCAAUCUGCCAGAUGAUAUUGAAAGCAAAAAAUGGGACAAGCCAAAGAAAUAUUUGGCACUGGCAGCUAAGUGGCAUGGAAAAAUACUGCACAGUUAUGAGGUUUCUGGAGUAGAAAAUCUACCAAAAGAACCAGCAAUCUUUGUUUUUUACCAUGGAGCCUUUCCAAAGGACAUCUAUUUUUUUGUCCAUAAGAUGUAUAGACUUACUGGGAAAUUUUGGUGUUGUGUGAUCCAUCAUACUCUUUUUUGUCUACCAGGACUAACUCUGUACUGUGACCUCCAACACACUGUUCAUCCUACAAGAGAAAAGAGUGUAGACAUUCUGAAACAAGGGAACCACCUGAUAGUUGCACCAGGAGGACUCCAAGAGCAGAACUAUGGAAAUAAUCAUUACAAACUAAUAUGGGGGAAACGGAAAGGAUUUGCUCAUACAGCCAUCAAUGCAAAAGUGCCAAUCGUCCCUAUGUUUACACAAAAUAUUAGAGAAGCAUAUGUAUCAUAUGGAAAUAUACGACCAAUGAGAUGGUUAUAUGAGCGAAUUCCAUGGUUUACCUUUCCAUUAUGUGGAUUGUUUCCAGUUAAACUUAUAAUCCAUAUUGGAAAACCAAUUCCAUAUGAUCCAAAUAUAUCUGCUGAAAAAUUAGCUGAAAAAACUCAAAGGGCAAUAGAGGCUUUACGGGACAAACACCAGGAAAUCCCAGGAAACAUAUUGCGUGCUCUUAAGGCAACAUUUUGAGACACAUAACAAAGAAA